CAGUACUGGUUGCAUCCAGUCAGCCACACAGCCAGGCAGCUGGUCCAGUGUCAUGGUGACAGAGGACUUUCAGAGAUUGCCAGAGGGCAGAGGAAAACUACGCCGACUGUCUCAGACCCCACGUCCAGACCAGGGAUCACAGACGAAGUCUCGCAAGAAGCUUCAGGUCAUCAUAUGUGUCCUGCUUGUGGAGCUGUUUGAGAGGUUCACUUUCUUUGGGAUAGUAUGCAACAUGAUUCUCUUCUGCACAGUGAAGCUGGGCUAUGAUAACUACCUGGCUGCAACAGUCAACCUGUGCUUUAUAGGAGCCAGUACCCUAACCCCUGUGCUGGUCGGCUGGUUUGCAGAAACCUGUUUGGGAAGGACUAAAGUGCUCUAUCUGUGUGCUUUUCUUCAUUUUUUUGGCACAGCCAUGCUGCCUGUGGUGGCUUUCCCGUUUGAGGAUUUCUACAUCGACACUCAUCACAUGACACAUCAGUUGGAGCCUCGAGAGCAGCAGAUCUUGUUCUACACCGGCCUCCUGGCUGCCGCUCUGGGCAUCGGUGGCAUCCGAGCCAUCCUCUGUCCAAUGGGAGCCUACAGCCUGCAGAGCUACAACCAGCAUCAGCUCCUGUCUUUCUUUAACUGGUUUUACUGGUUGGUCAACCUGAAUUCUACAGUAGUUUUUCUGGGCAUUGCUUACAUCCAGCAAUCUGUGGGCAAAAAUCUGGGCUUCCUUAUCCCCUUUACAUCUGUGCUGCUGGCUCUGAUCGCCAUACAUAUGAUGAGGAACAGACUCACCUAUAAACCCAAGAAAGGUGGAUCGUUGUUAACCACACUGGGAGUUUUUUUUAAUUCUCUAAAGAUGUGCUGCCUCUAUUAUCGCCACCUGAGUGGAGAUGUUGCUUCCUGGCUGGAUCGGGCCAAGGAGAACAAUGGUGGCCGAUACAGUGAAACACAUGUGGAGAAUGUCAAAGUCCUGGCCAAGCUCUUCCCUCUGUAUGGCCUUCAGCUGCUGUACAGAGCCUGCAUCACACAGAUUCCCUCAAGUUACUACAUACAGACCAUGAAUUCAAACCUUCAUCUGAGUGACCUUCUGUUGCCCAUUGGUGCCAUGAAUGUUAUCAGCAUUGUGCCUCUGCUGCUCUUAGCCCCACUGAUCGAAUGUGUGACCACCUUGUACCUCUCCAUGGGUAAAACUCCUAUGGCACCAGCGAAAGUCAUCACUCUGGGCCAUGUGUGUGCCACUCUGUCUGUCCUGGUGGCAGGUUUGUCCGAGUUGCAGAGGAAGUCCUACCCCCUGGUGGAACAGACUCUGUUGGGGAAAGUCCUGCAAGUGUCGUCCAUGCCGUGUUUCCAGCUGGCUCCUCAGUACAUCCUACUCGGUCUGGCAGAGGCUCUCGUCACCCCUGCAUGUUCCCUCAUCUCUUUCCAGCUGACCCCUAAUCACAUCAGAGGGAUCUCCCUGCACUUCCUCACUCUGUCCUAUGGAGGUGGCUGUUUCCUCGGGGCUUUCAUCAUUCAGCUGGCACACGCUCUCUCUGGAGGUAACUUCUACCCAAACACACUGCAUGAUGGUAAUCUGGAGAGGUUCUUCUUCCUCCUUGCUACACUCAUGGCUAUAAAUACUGUUGUGUUUUGGAACAUGUCUUACAGGUACAUAGACCUGAGUGUGCAGGGUAAGGCUCUCACAAUCAGCCCUCUGACUGAGAAGCUGCUACGUUACAAGGCCUGUCUGCGGUUCUACGACACUGUGGAGCACUCUUACACACACGCAUCUAUUGAAUCUAUUAUUUGAUCUGUGUGGUUAAACAAUUUUAACUGUUUUAUUAGUGUCUUGAUUAUGAAGAUGUCCUGUAAGUGGUGCUGGCGCUGCAUGUUACUAUGUGAAAACCUGUUACAUUCAUUUGUGGGCUGAACUGUUAAA